CUCCUUUUUCUGAGACAUCAUUUCCUCUGGUGUUUCCACGCUCCGCCAGAGGAGGGAUAUAAGCAGGACUGUUUUCCACUCUGUAUAUUUGAAGGUGUUUGUAUUCGAGGUUCAGCUGGACUUCUAGAAAAUGUCGACUUGGGCCAAGCCAGCCGCGGGUGUUCGGAGGCCGUCUGGCAAUUCAAACGGAAGUGCUCAGCAGCUGCGCCUGUUUCGGAGAUCGGCUCCAUACCCGAGCAGAGAAGAAAGAACCGAGGAGCUAAAGGAUGCCCUGGAUAGUUAUGAAGAACUUGAGCAGCUUCAGGGUUACUCCACUAGUGUGACAUAUGAAACAUACAAGCCACAGCCAAGUGUCCUAAACCCUCCAGUCAAAGCAGAGGUUGUCACUCCGGCAGAAAGGCGUAAAGCCCUAUACCAGAAGUUCUACAAGCAAGUCCAGGAGGCAAGAAAGCCAGCUGACUGCGUGGUCCUCUCUGUCACAAACAAGUUCUUGGAUUACCCCAAAUCGCUAAGCCUGUCCUUGCAGGAGCGUGGCCUGUCAGUGGAAAUGCUCUACCUUCAAGCGGAAUCAGGCCUCACCCGGGCCCUGCAGGAUGUCCGAGCAGAUGGCUCCCCGUUAUGUAUACUGGUGGAGCAGAAAAAUGUAGCUCUGACCUCCUGCACUGUUAUCAUAUUCUCAGAGUCCCUCAAAAUCCACCGUAACAUGCCCAAAGACCAGGCUCUGGACUUUGUCCAAGCUGAGUACAAUCGUGGACUCCUUAAAGAGACUUCACCUCGGGAUCCUGCAGACAUUGCGGCGCAGGCGUCACAGCUUCUGGACGACUUCCUUGAUCGAGAAAAAAUUGCACGGCACACAGUUCCCUCGGAAACCCGACAUCUACUGUCACUGUUAGCCGAGGGAGUGCAUCUGUAUAUUGAGGAGCUGGAAACCAUCUCUGAGUACAUUGCUUCCCGGCAGGAACAUUUGCAAGCCCUGGAAUUAGAUGAUGAGGAUGAUAAGGGGAACAUGAUUCCUCCAGGAUUGGGGAAACCACCUCCUUUGCUUCCUACUCCUCCUUCAUCAGUACAGCCUCAGUCUUCGUCAGGGUCCCAUGGGAACCUCUCCUCAUCUACAUCUGUUGGUCUUCUACCGACACCAGGUUCUUUCCCCAAAACCAAACCUCCUCCGCUGCUGUCUUUGCAUCGAUCUCCUCCUGGUAUGUCUCGGCCUCCCCCGUCCUCACUUGAUCCCUACGGUGUUCCUGGUUUGUCUCGAGGACCCUUGCUCCACCACACGCCUCCUCUCUAUUCGGGCCACAGGGCCCCGCCCAGGGCCAGGGUGACUCCUUCGUCCUCAAAGAGUUCUCGUCCUCCUCUUCUUUCAACUCCAGUUGGUCCCCAUUCUCGGCUGAGUGGACCGCGUCACUGAAGAGCAGCAUUGUAACGCAGUUUUAGUAUUUCAGGCAAGCAGGAUGGUCCCAGAGGACUCCCCUUCUUGUUUUUCUUUUCUUAUUGAAAAUGAUAAUAGACAGUAUAUAUAAUUAAGAUAUUUUCAUGUUUGGAUGCCUUUCUCUCACUUUCCAGUCAGAAGCUUCAAGUAUGCAGAUUGUUUGCUUUUCCUGUAAACAGUCCAGUUAUAUCUGCUCUAAUCGCCCUGUUGUGUAUAUAUAUUCUUUUCUUUUCUUUUUUUUUUUUUUAUAGUUUUAAUAUGAUGGUAGUAGAGCAUCAAACUUCAGCGGAAAAGUUGCUGCUUAUAAUUUCAGUCAAAAGGCUAGAACAUGAUUCUGUUCAAUUUUUUUCUUAUCCGGCUUUCUGGUAUAUUGCAUAUUGGUUUAUUUCUGAUGCAUUUCAUGUUUUUUCGUUUCUAAUAAAAUAAAGUUAAAGCUUCUGAAUAAUCAUUACUUAGCAGCCUAUCAUCUUAUUACUGCAUUUUUUUUUUUGGGCGGGAGGGCGGUCGCCACUAGACAAAAUCUUGACUCUGCAAACCAUAAAAACAACAUUUUACCAUAUUUCUUUUUAAACUGCGUGUUCUGUAUUAAGUCCUGUGUAUGGUGCUUUUUUUUAGAUGUAAAUACCUCUAGUUUUUUUUUUUUUUAAGUGCAGCUGUGUUUAAGUUCAGUAGUUUGAAGUACAAAAAUUGUUUAGUUUAGAAACCGAAAACUCUGUCCUUAAUUCAAACAUAAAAUAUAAAUGUAACCAACACUGUGGUCUACUAAAAAUUAUUUUUUUUUCCAGGAAAAGGUAACAGCUGUGCCAGCAGAAACUGAAAUCAAUAAAAUGCUAUUGUCUUUGUUUUGUAACCUUCA